UUUGUAACUAUUGUUAUUUUAUAUUUUACAUCAAUCAACGUAUAUUGUAUUGAUGUGAACACCAGUAUAGGAGUAGUGAGGGGUCGGACACUACAUGUGUUGGACACAAAUGUGGACCAAUUUCUGGGCAUACCUUACGCCGAACCCCCGGUCGGCAAACUUAGGUUCGCUAAACCCGAACCCAUUUCUAAGCCAUUCCCUGAUAUAAUUGAUGCGACAAAACCAAAAAACUCAUGCAUACAACGAGAAGGUAUUUUCCCUAUUGCUCCGGGCGCUGGUAUGAGUGAAGACUGUCUGGUGCUUAACAUAUGGACAACAAAUACUACAGCAUUAAAGCCAGUGAUGUUUUGGAUAUACGGCGGCGGACUUAAUAGUGGGUCAAUUUUUAUGGAGAUUUAUAACGGGACAGCUUUGGCCACCAAUGAUGUGGUGGUUGUGUCCGUCAACUAUAGGUUAGGACCGUUUGGGUUCCUAUACGGGGAUCGGGAGGACGCGCCCGGAAAUGUCGGCUUUUAUGACCAGUUGUUAGGCUUGAAAUGGGUUAGAGAAAACAUCCACUCAUUUGGCGGAGAUAGGGAUCAGAUCACCAUUUUUGGUGAGAGCUCCGGGAGUUGGUCGGUGUCCGCACACAUACUCUCCCCGUUAUCUAAGGGUAUGUUUCAGAGGGCUAUUAUGGAAAGCGGGGCCAAUAUGUUCAAUAAGGACAGGGAUGUGGUCAACAAAACUGAGGCCUUAUCUCAGGCCAAAGCAAUGGCCAAAGGAUUGAAAUGCAAUGAAACCGAGGAUUGGAUACAAUGUCUGCGAAGAGCGGACGCCAAAGAGUUGCUCAAAUAUGAAUCGUCUUACGCCUUAUACCCGGUGUUUGAGACAGAGUUUUUACCCAUUCGUCCACAUCAAGCUUUUAAUGAGAAAAAGUUUAACACAGAUGUUGACUUAAUCGCUGGUAUUACACACGACGAGGGCUCAAAGCUUAGCUAUCUAGUGAUCAAAGACCCUGAUCAUAUGACACUUACUGAUUUUUACAACGGGUUAAAAGCAUUGGACGAAAGCAUUGGGUAUCACAACAUAGAUGUGCCAAAAGUAACGGCACAUUACCUGAAAGGUGUCAACGCUAGCGAUUCAUUUGCUCUACGAAAAGCUUUUAGCGCAUUAGCGGGUGAUUUAAUGCUCGGUUGUCCGACAUAUCUGUUCGCCAAACGGUUCGCACAAACUGUCAAAGAGUCGCAAAGUGUUUACUUUUACGAGUUGUUGUACGCAACUAAUUAUUUUGCUAAGCUAAUGAACUGUGAUGUAAAGACCGUGGGCAUUUGUCACGCCAUGGAUUUACCUUUUGUAUUUGGUUUACCACUACUCGAUCCCAAUAAUUACACUCCAGAAGAUAGAUUUUAUUCCAAUUAUAUAAUGAAAAUGUGGACAAAGUUUGCCACCGAUGGACAUUUGAACCGUGAUUGGCCGCAACUCUUAAACGAUGAGCCGAGCGGUGCGCCCAAAGUCCACGGUUUGGACCCAAAGGACUUACCCCUAGACGUGUAUCUUAAGUCACAUGUACUGCUAUACGCUUUAGAGAUAUUAAAUAGCAUAAGAGUAGUGAGGGGUCCCUGUGAUGUACACAACCUGUGUUUACACCUAUCCUGUCUGGUGCUUAACAUAUGGACAACAAAUACCACAGCAUUAAAGCCAGUGAUGUUUUGGAUAUACGGCGGCGGACUUAAUAUGGGUUCAAUCUUUCAAGAAGUAUAUAAUGGGAGCGUUUUGGCUACACAUGAUGUGGUGGUUGUGUCCGUCAACUAUAGGUUAGGACCGUUUGGGUUCCUAUACGGCGAUAGGGAGGACGCGCCCGGAAAUGUCGGCUUUUAUGACCAGUUGUUAGAGAAAACAUCCACUCAUUUGGCGGAGAUAGGGAUCAGAUCACCAUUUUUGGUGAGAGCGCCGGGAGUUGGUCGGUGUCCGCACACAUACUCUCCCCGCUAUCCAAAGGCCUAUUGGGAUCGGGAGGACGCGCCCGGAAAUGUCGGCUUUUAUGACCAGUUAUUAGGCCUGAAAUGGGUCAGAGAAAACAUACAUUCAUUUGGUGGAGAUAAGGAUCGGAUCACUAUUUUUGGUCAAAGCGCCGGGAGUUGGUCGGUGUCCGCACACAUACUCUCCCCGCUAUCUAAGGGUAUGUUUCAGAGGGCUAUUAUGGAAAGCGGCGCCAAUAUGUACAACAAGGACAGGGAUGUGGUCAACAAAACUGAGGCCUUAUCUCAGGCUAAAAAUAUAGCGAAACAAUUGAAAUGCAAUGAAAGCGAGGAUUGGAUACAAUGUCUGCGAAGAGCGAAUGCAAAGGAUAUACUCAAAUACGAGAACCCAAUCGCCACUUACCCGGUGUUCGGCACAGAGUUUCUGCCCAUUAGUGCCCGACAGGCCUUCAACGAGAAAAAGUUUAAUACAGAUGUUGAUUUAAUCGCUGGAGUCUCACGCAAUGAGGGCUCAUCAUUUACUAAGGCAGUAAUUAAAGACCCUGCUCAUAUGACACUCACCGAUUUUAACAAUGGGAUUAAAGCGUUUGAUUUAUUGGGUUAUCACAACGUAAAUGUGACUAAAGUGACAGAAUAUUACUUGAAAAGUGUCAACACUAGCGAUCCAACGGCUCUAUACAAGUCCUAUAUAUCAUUAGCGGGUGAUUUACUUCUCGGGUGUCCGACAUAUCUGUUCUCCAAACGGUUCGCACAAACUGUCAAAGAGUCGCAAAGGGUUUACUUUUACGAGUUGUUGUACGCAAGCGAUUGGUUCGCUAAAGAUGCUGGCUGCGAUGUAACGACCAUGGGCAUUUGUCAUGGUAUGGAAAUACCCUUUGUGUUUGGUUUACCACAACUUCAUCCUAAGGAUUACAGUCAGGAAGAUAUUUAUUACAGUAAUGUUGUGAUGAAAAUGUGGACAAAGUUUGCCACCGAUGGUCAUAUGGACUCUGAUUGGCCGCAACUGUUAAACGAUGAGCCGAUGGGUGCGCCCAAAGUCCACGGUUUGGACCCAAAGGACUUACGGCUUGUAUUGAGUGAUCCGUUUCAUGAAACAUGUGAUGUCUUGUGGGCCGACUAUUUCCUA